GUUUGGUCGUGCAUUAUGUCAUCCGAAUAAGCAACAUAGCCAGUUAGGCCUCAGAAGAAGGAGGAGGUUAAUAUGUAUAACAGAUACUGUUUGUGAACGAGGCUGAAACAGAAGAAGGCUGGUGCUACAGGUACUUCAAGACGAAGGCUGGUACUAAAGCUACUUCAAGACGAAGGCUGGUACUAAAGCUACUUCAAGACGAAGGCUGGUGCUACAGGUACUUCAAGACGAAGGCUGGUACUACAGCUACUUCAAGACGAAGGCUGGUGCUACAGCUACUUCAAGACGACAGCUGGUACUAAAGCUACUUCAAGACGAAGGCUGGUACUACAGCUACUUCAAGACGAAGGCUGGUGCAACAGCUACUUCAAGACGACAGCUGGUGCUACAGCUACUUCAAGACGACAGCUGGUACUACAGCUACUUCAAGACAAAGGCUGGUACUACAGCUUCUUCAAGACGAAGGCUGGUACUACAGCUACUUCAAGACGACAGCUGGUACCACAGCUACUUCAAGACGAAGGCUGGUGCUACAGCUACUUCAAGACAAAGGCUGGUGCUACAGCUACUUCAAGACGACAGCUGGUACUACAGCUACUUCAAGACGAAGGCUGGUACUACAGCUACUUCAAGACGAAGGCUGGUGCUACAGCUACUUCAAGACGAAGGCUGGUACUACAGCUACUUCAAGACGAAGGCUGGUACCACAGCUACUUCAAUACGAAGGCUGGUGCUACAGCUACUUCAAGACGAAGAAGAAUGAAUGAGUUGCUUCACGUUUUCUACCUUUUCCUCUCUGCUGCGUUUGCAAUGAACACUUCAUCGAGACAUUUGUUUUCAAGGGUAGUUACUCUUGACGACCUGAAGGCCGACGAGGUGAGCACUAAUCAAUCUGGAAGCAAACUUGACUGUGUGGCCCUCUGUUCAAAGGACGCCCUCUGUGUUGCUGCAACAUCCUGUCAGGAUGAAUGCUUCAUCUACAGAUCAUCAGUGUCAUCAACGGAGACGACAACCGCGGGGGCCAGAACAUUCAUUAAACAAGGGGCUCUACCAACACCAGACCCGUGUCCCGUGUCUCAAGGCUACACAUCAGUCCUGUCUCCACGCUUGUGUUACAAGCUGAGCGAUGUCAAAAUGAACUGGGCGGAGAGUCGAGCUCUGUGUCAGAGCGAGGGCGGGCGCCUGAUGAUCCUCAACACAGAUGAGAACUACGACUACAUCCUUUCUUACAUAAAGCAAAAAAGUCUUUUUGCAUGGCUCGGUCUGGAGAUGUGGAGUGAAUCAUCGUAUGCCUGGACGGACGGUUCUACCUACAUCAAGGAAGAAGCAAAGAGCCAUGCUAGGUUUUACAAGGGCUACAACGCAUGCGGAAUCCUGACCUCUUGGGAAAUACGAAGUAAUGAAUGUGUGAAAGCAAGGUACCCCUUGUGUGAGAUUCCGGUAUAAAAUCAAACAACAUAUACAAUCGAUGUUGCAGCUGAAGACUUCAGCUACGCUCUUUACUCACGAAUUUGCUGGAAAUCCUUUUUCAACAAUUUGUAUUGAUCCAAUCGAAUGCCAUUACAGUUGUGAGGCAUAGAUGUCUGCAAGUUGUUGGCAGUCCCAAAUGUUUGAAGGACACAUGCAAUAUAUAUCCUUGAAGGUUCCAAACGAUUUUCAGUUCUUGAAGACAGACAUGAAUCAAACUGUUUUUAUCAUCCACACACAGUGUACCCAAUGAAAAGGUAUAUCCCCUUUGAAUAAAACUGUACGUCAUUUCUUAA